AUGUCAGGCAACCCCCAAUCAUUGAAGCCGACUGGCACUGGCAUUAUACAAGUCUCUGAACCACCAUUUUCCGCUAUUUCGCCAUAUCUUAUUACAUGUCCUCCAUAUGGCAACCCAAUGAACCCCGACAUCGACAGGUACAGAAAGGAUUGCCCCAGUUACAAUGCCAACUAUCUCCAAGCGGUCAUCUGGAGCUCAAUGCCUGACGAAGCAUCGUCUUUGAUUCGCAAAGAGUUGCGGGCUAUUUUCUUCGAAGAAACGGCUCUCUACCUACGCGGUGUCGAGCCUUAUAGAUUGGGAUGGCGUCGAGGUGGACUGUUAACAACUAUCAAAGAGCCAACCUUGUCCAAGCAACGCUUCGCGCCACAAGACACAAUGUCAUACCUGAAUAAGCAAAUCAUGGUUUACUUUGAGCCGACGUCAGUCACUAGUGUCGAAGGCGAUAGGCUUGGCCGCUAUGUGUACCGCCAAUGGCUUCGUUUACAUGACGGACGGCCGCCCUUCCAGCGGCAUAGCUUCUUUGCCAAAGCCGUUCAGAUUGGCGACAAAGGCCCUCAGAAUCUGGACGAACUAACGGCAUUCCACAAGGAUCUUUGUGGAGUGAUAUCAGAUCACCUAGACGACACGGUUGAUUUCUAUCCCGAGUUUGAUCAGGGAAUGGGAAUGAGCCCAGUGGCUGAGAGACCGGCACUUUUCGGUCCCAGGCCAGACCAGCGGGUGCAAUCAUGGCGAAAUCACGGUUACAACAUAUGUCAUAUUUUUCGUGCGCUAUAUAUGGUUGUCGACGAUCAGUCUCUGUCAGAGGCUAGAGGACCAGCUCGUGCCCGACGUGAGCGCGAGGAUGCGGCUCGAUACCUUGAAGAGGCGCAUGACCGCAGGCUCUCACAAUACACAGUGCUUCUGGUCAAGACAGGAGAUGAGGCACAUCUGCACUCUCCCAUCAGCUUCUUACCUUUAUUUGAGGCGGGGCUGGCCCUCGACGUGCGCCGCGACGAUUACUACGGUGCUUCUCAGGACCGAGUUGUACGUGUCAAGUUGGAAACUGCUAUACGCUUUGUGGGGGAGUUGUUACGCAAAGAAGAAAGAUCUUUGAAGCAUCUCAGGCAAGAAGCCCAGAGGCAAAGAGAUGAGCAGGAAGAAUUAUGUGAGGCAUGGGUCGAAAGAGUCAUGGAGCAUUCCGAGGAUAUAGGCCUGGAGGCAAACGGGUAUACCUGGUUAGCAACUCGCCGUGCUCGAGCUAGACUCAAUGGGAGGUGUUCGAUGAAGAUCAGGUGA